AACCAAUUUUCUUUGUCUAUGCAACCUACACUUCAACAAAGCUUCUCUAAACCCAAUAGCUCUGAUUUCAAGAUGAGUUCAUUUAGCCAAAACCACUAUGUUUUAGUCCUGUUCCUUGUUCUCACUGUGUGGACAUCCCACAUAAUGUCUCGCAGGUUGUUUGAGGCCUGCACUUCUGAGAGACAUGAGAACUGGAUGGCACAGUAUGGUAAGGUUUACAAGGAUGCUGCUGAGAAGAAAAAACGUUUCCAAAUAUUCAAAAACAAUGUGCACUUCAUUGAGUCAUUCAAUACUGCUGGGGACAAACCCUUCAACCUUAGCAUUAACCAAUUUGCUGACCUUCAUGAUGAGGAAUUUAAGGCUUUACUAACUAAUGGUAACAAGAAGGUACGUAGCGUGGUGGGGACAGCUACAGAAACAGAAACAUCGUUUAAAUAUAACAGGGUAACUAAGCUUCUUGCUACAAUGGACUGGAGGAAAAGAGGUGCUGUUACUCCAAUCAAGGACCAACGCAGAUGUGGAAGUUGCUGGGCAUUUUCAGCUGUGGCUGCGAUAGAGGGUAUCCACCAAAUUACUACAAGUAAAUUGGUGUCUCUCUCAGAGCAAGAACUGGUAGAUUGUGUGAAAGGUGAGAGCGAAGGAUGCAAUGGUGGUUAUAUGGAAGAUGCCUUUGAAUUUGUGGCCAAGAAAGGUGGAAUAGCAAGUGAAUCAUACUAUCCUUACAAAGGAAAAGAUAAAAGUUGUAAGGUUAAGAAGGAGACUCAUGGUGUAUCUCAGAUUAAAGGGUAUGAAAAAGUUCCUUCUAAUAGCGAAAAGGCACUCCAAAAAGCUGUGGCACAUCAACCAGUGUCAGUUUAUGUGGAAGCUGGAGGAAAUGCUUUCCAAUUUUACUCAAGUGGGAUUUUUACAGGAAAGUGUGGAACUAAUACAGAUCAUGCUAUUACCGUAGUUGGUUAUGGAAAAUCUCGUGGUGGUACCAAGUAUUGGCUGGUGAAAAAUUCAUGGGGCGCUGGAUGGGGUGAGAAAGGGUAUAUAAGGAUGAAGAGAGAUAUACGUGCCAAGGAAGGUUUAUGUGUAAUUGCUAUGAAUGCUUUUUAUCCAACUGCUUGAGUGCUGCUAUGAAUCUAUAUAUAAACCUUAAGAGUUUGAUUUAGUAUAUGCACGUUGUAUCUUUAUCAUCAUUUCCUUUUCUAGCUAGUAUAUGCACCUACUUACGUCGUGUUCCUAAUAAGUUGCAGUUCUUUUUUAUUUUUUUUAUCUUAUGAUGAUG